AUGGCUUCCACUUAUAGCCGUACUCGAAUCAACAAGGCUCAUCCUCAGGAUGUAGUCCCUAUGGAUAUAGAUACCGACACUGUCUUCGGGAGAGUAGACACUGUAUUCUCGACUCUGGAAACAGAUGUUGAGAUGACAGAUAUCUCGGAAGGGGAUAUGUCUGAAGACGAAGACACAGAUGUUGUGAUGGACAUGGGCGACGAGAACGUCGGUUGGAUUGAUGAAGACAUGGACAUGAUGGACGUCGAUGUGGAAAUCAAGAACUUGGAUAUCGAAAUGGAGGAUUGUGACUCCCAUUACGACGACAUGGAAGUCGACAAGAAGUUGGAUUGUCUUAUGGAGUUAGACUGA